AUGGUUCUCUCUGGAACAGCUUUGCGCAUUCCACCUCAGGAACAUCAGCAGCCAUCUCAAGUUCCUAUCUGGAACAGGAACACUUUACUUGUAGACACAACAGAAACUUUAAUCAGGAAGUUUGCUAUUUUGUCAUCAACCAAAAUCAGGGUCAACAGAGCAGUAUUUGUUACUUGGUCUUAUAUCUUGUGUAACUCUGACGGGAAAAACGAUUCUGAAGCUAUGAACACUACAGAGAAACUGGAAGAGCGAUACUCAACACAACGACCUCCAAUGUUUAGUGGCAAGUACUACUCUUAUUGGAGAAACAAGAUGGAGAUUUUCAUCAAGGCUGAAAACUAUCAAGUAUGGAGAGUUAUAGAAGUGGGAGACUUCCAAGUCACUAAGCUGAAUACCUCUGGGGAAACUGUUCCCAAGCCAAUUGCAGAAUUUGACAAAGCUGGCUAUGAAAAGCUUGAACUCAAUGCCAUGGCUGUUAAAAUCCUACACUGUGGACUAGGUCCAAAUGAGCACAAUAGAGUAAUGGGCUGCAAGAAUGCAAAACAGAUUUGGGAUCUGCUCCAAGUCACUCAUGAAGGAACAAACGAAGUCAAAAGAUCUAAGAUCGAUCUCUUAAUGCACCAGUACGAGUUGUUCACCAUGAAAUCCUCUGAAACCAUUCAAGACAUGAUUACUCGCUUUACAAACAUCAUCAAUGAAUUGAACUCUCUUGGGAAAAUCAUAACUCCCGAAGAACAAGUAAGAAAGGUUCUAAGGAGUCUUCCACAGGAUCCUUGGAUGGCCAAGGUCACUGCUCUUCAAGAAACUAAAGACUUCACCAAGUUUAACCUGGAACAAUUGGCUGGAUCUCUCUUAACUCAUGAGUUACAAUUGAAUGCAAGACCCUCAGAGAAUACAAAAAAUAGAGCCCUUGCUCUAAAAACUGAAAAUGAUGAAAACUCUGAAGAAGAUGAGGAGACAGCCCUAUUUGCUAGAAGAUUCAGAAGAAUGUUUAGAAACUACAAAGAAGGAGAUCACAGAAGCAAGCCCAAUCGAAAAUUCUCCAAAACUGACAUUGGAUGCCAUAAGUGUGGAAACCUGGAACAUCGCAUUAGGGAAUGUCUCCUCUGGGAACAGGAACGAGGAAAAGGAAAGGAAACAGCAAAAGACAGAUUCAAAGACAACAAGAACUCCUUCUCUAAAAAUGAGGUAAGGAAAGCCAUGAUUGCUGCAUGGGGAGACUCUUCUUCAGAUGAGGAACAGGACCAACCCAAUGAGGAAACUGCUCACCUAUGCCUUGUAGCUGAAAAUGAAGAAGAUGGAUCAGACUCAGAAUUUGAAAAAUUCCAGGCAAGUCUUGUUCAAAUUAAAAAUAGACUUAAAUCUCUGUCUAAAUUAGAAUUGUUUGACCUGCUUUCCUGUCUCACUAGUAAUUAUGAGGAACUCCUAAAAGAAAAAUUAGAUUCUGAUAAGAAACACCAAACUACCGUCAAGAAACUCACUGAGGAUCUAGAAUGGACUAAAAAUACAAACGUAGAUAUCGACAAUCGUUUCUUUAGUCUUUUUUAUCAGAACCUUCACAUAAAAGAAAUCUGUGAAGCCUUGCGUAAUGAGAACUCCUUGCUAAAGCAAGAACUGAUUGACCUAGAAGUAGCCAAGACUAAAACCCUUUAUAAAAGUGAACUAGAAAGAACUCAACUUGAACUAGUCAAGAUUCACCAAGAAAAGACCAACCUAGAAGAAGAAUUGGCUAGAAAGACUAGACACAGAAUAGAAGGAACACCUAAAUGGAUAGAAGAAGCUAGAACCAAACGCACGGAAGGAUUAGGUUUCAAUCACAAGAAACGUCACCCUAGAAAGACCAGAGUAGAUCUCUACAGUGACAUAGUAUGCACCUUCUGUGGAGAUAGAAACAGAUUUCUCUCACUCACGACCUAUGAAGGUGGAACUGUGACUUUUGGCGAUAAUAAGAAAGGUAACAUCAUUGGCAUUGGUAAGGUCGGUAAGUCAAAGUCUCACUCCAUCGAUAAUGUAUUUUUGGUUGAAGGUCUAGGACAUAGUUUAUUAAGCAUUUCUCAAUUCUGUGACAAAGGAAAUUAUGCAAAAUUCUUCUCGAAUAAAUGUCUAAUCAUCAACAGUAACACUGAAACAGUGAUCUUAGAGGGACAAAGGAAAGGGAACACAUAUGUGGUUAACCUUAACUCUGUUCCUCAAUCCAAUCUGACCUGUCUCAGUGUUAUUGAAGAUGAUCCAUUGUUAUGGCACAAAUGA